AAAGGAUACCGUGUUGCGCAAGUUCGCGUCGUCUUCACGCUGACAAGUCAAGCUACAAAUUUGUUAUUCCCUGCUGGACCUCUAAAACCACCCGCCCACCUUGCGUAUGUGGAAUGGUUCACACCCUUCCAGCAACCUGAAUUCCACCAUGGGCUGUACAAAAUUUGCCGUCUGAUGCGUCAUGGAGAGCGUCUUGCAAGCAUUAUCGAUGUAUCGGACAUCCGCAGGAGUGUUCAUCUUUUUCCAAAUUUCGGCGCAGUAGUACCUCGUGAAUGGACGAGCAGUACCGUUCUGGAGCUCUGUCCCAGCUUCUUUGUAAACUCGUUUAGUGACCGACACGCUUAUUUAACUAUUGUUUGA